UGAAGAAUUCCAAUGGGGCGAUCACAUAUAUAUAUAUAAAGGAAGGGCAGGGGUUUGAACUCCACCAUCUUCGAUCAUUUUGCUUCUUCCUCGAUCGAUCUUCAGAAGAUCUUUGAUUGUGACGAGUUUUGAAGUAGAAGAAGGCGAUCGAUCGAAGAGAUUAUUACGGAAAAGGAAAAACAGAGAAUUAAUUUGAUGAUGGAGAAGGUGGAGAGAGCAGAGCAAGAGGUGGAGGAGGAGGAGGAGGAGGAGGAAGCGAUGCUGCCGGGGUUCCGGUUCCACCCCACGGACGAGGAGCUCGUCGGGUUCUACCUCCGGCGGAAGGUCCAGAAGAAGCGGCUGAGUAUCGAGAUCAUCAGGGAGAUGGAGAUUUACAAGUACGAGCCCUGGGAUCUGCCGACUGGGAACGUGACGACGGGCGGGGAAAAGGAGUGGUACUUCUUCUGCCGGCGGGGGAGGAAGUACAGGAACAGCGUCCGGCCUAACCGCGUCACCGGCUGCGGGUUCUGGAAGGCCACCGGGAUCGACCGGCCGAUUCACUCCGCCGGCCGCUGCAUCGGGCUCAAGAAGUCGCUGGUGUACUACCGCGGCCACGCCGGGAAGGGCACCAAGACCGACUGGAUGAUGCACGAGUUCCGCCUCCCCUCCUCCUCCUCCUCCUCCGGCGAAACCGCCGCCGCCGCCGCCAAGAACGCCGCGAGCUUCCAAGAAGCUGAGGCGUGGACGAUCUGCAGGAUCUUCAAGAGGAGCGGCUCGUACAGGAAGCAGCCGAACAGCUACAGGGCGUCGGCACCGACGAAGUCGACGUCGUCCCCGCCGGAAUAUUCCAGCAGCGUCACCAACUGCUUCGACCCCGACGAGUACAUGUGCUCCGGAUCCUCCGGGGGCGCCUCUCCGGAGGCGGCGCCGGAACUUCACGUAGAGGAUCAUUACCAGCACAACCACGGGCACGAUCGGCCGAGCUGGGAUCGGAGCCCCCCGAGCUCGAAUGACUUCGCCGGAGAUGGCUUCUGGGAGGAACUGGGAUGGAUCGAGCAGUUCUUGGCGGAUGAUAAUUAUUCAUUGGAUAAUUCAAUUGUGCAUAACGCCAUGGAUCAUUCAUGAAUCGAACGAAAGGGAGAAGAUUAAUCUUUGUCGAUUAUCUUCUAAUUAUAGUUUUAAUUUUUAGUCGAAGAAAUUAAGUCGACACUGCUCUGGGGAUGCUGCUCGAUGAUCGGCAAGCUAAACGACUACUUAAUUUGUAAUUGGAAAAUAAUUAAUACCGUUUAAUUGAUUUUUUUUACUGUA